UGGGAAUGGCCUCUGUAAUGGUUCUCCCUCCUGCCCUGCUCCCCGUGCAGCGGAUCCUCCGGCAGCCGCCAUGGCCAGCAGCAGGGACUCGGACAGCGAGCCGGCGGUGCCUGAGGAGGAGGACGAGGGCCCAGACGUGAAGGCCGUGCAGGCCCAUUACCUGCGCAGCCCCUCGCCCAGCCGGUAUUCCAUGAUAUCAGACACUGAUACAGAGAGCAUCUUCAUGGAGCCAAUCCAUCUGUCAUCUGCUGUGGCUGCCAAGCAAAUAAUCAAUGAAGAACUGAAGACAAAGGAGGUCAGGGUAGAUUCAGUGUGUCCCAGGAUGUUGGAGUCUGCGCAGCAGCUGAUGGUGGAAGACCUGUACAACCGAGUUAAGGAAAAGAUUGAUGACACCAGCUUGUUUAACACGCCGUGUGUGAUGGACUUGCAGAGGGCACUCGUGAAGGACAGGCUGGAGACCCCCAGGGAUGCUGUGGAUGAAGUCUGGCCUAAUGUCUUCAUAGCAGAAAAAAGCGUCGCAGUGAACAAAAGCCGUUUGAAGAGACUGGGCAUCACACACGUCUUGAAUGCAGCUCAUGGUACGGGGGUCUACACAGGACCAAGCUUCUACAACGGUCUCAAUAUCCAGUACCUGGGCAUUGAGGUGGAUGAUUUCCCAGAUCUGGAUAUCUCCAAACACUUCCGCCCGGCUGCGGAGUUCCUUGACGAAGCACUGCUGACUUACAGGGGCAGAGUCCUGGUCAGCAGUGAGAUGGGCAUCAGUCGCUCUGCCGUGCUGGUGGCUGCCUACCUGAUGAUCUACCACCACAUGACCAUUCUGGAGGCUCUGAUGACUCUGAGGAAGAAACGAGCCAUUUACCCCAACGACGGCUUCCUGAAACAGCUACGGGAGCUCAACGAGCAGCUGCUGGAGGAGCGGGAGCUGGAGCACUCUGGAGACGAAGAAGUGACUCCUAGUCAAAGUCCUGUGGCCCGUGCAGGGACUUCUUCCCGUUUGUCUGGAGCUGGGGACGCAGAGAGCGUCGUGGGAGCCCGAGCCCACUCCAUCACAGUGGAAGAGGAGGACACGAGCAGCAUGCUGGGUAGUUUUAUGAGCUCUUCGUCAGUGUCAAAAACCAGCUGGGUUUCCAAACGCUCCACCCUGAUCAGCGAAGAGGAAGAGGAACAGUUGUAUGAGGAAUGGAGGAAGAAACAAGGCCUGUCUGCAAAGGAACCAGGAGUUAACCAUGAAAGAAGAGCAUCUCCAAAGCAUCUGGAUCGGGAAGAGGAACAAUCUGAUGAGGAUGUGGAACAGAGGAUCCAUGACUGGCAGCGCAGAAAUGAGAAAUACCAAAUGGAGGGUGCAGCCAGGGAGGAGGAUGGUGAUUCCAGCAUGGGAGGAAGACCUUACCCACCAGGUGAAUUCAGUGAUGUUGAGAGUGUGAGCAGUUUUGAGAUCCGAACCCUGAAAAAGCAGCUGGAAGCCAGUAGCUUUAGCAGGAUGAGGAGGAGUCGCACAGACUCUGUGUCUUCUGAGAGCACGUGGGACAUGUGGAAUCAGAGACUUCUGGAGAUAGAGAGGGAAGCUGCUCAGAGAUACCAUUCCAAGAAUAAAAAUUGUGGGGAAAUGGGAAGAAAGGAGAGGGAUGUGGAUGAGGAGAGCGUGCUUUCAGACAGUAGCUCCUUCUACAAUUUCUGCCAAAAGAACAAAGACAAGUUGACUCCUCUAGAAAGGUGGAAGGUCAAGAGGAUCCAGUUUGGCUUUCACAAGAAGGAUUUAGAACCAUCAUCAUCAGCUGCACCAUCUCCAGCAGAAGAUGGCAACCAGGCAGGUGAGGAGGGAGCAGAAGGGAAGAGUUUGUCAGAUAUUGACCUGACUGCUUACCAGGCUUGGAAAAUGAAGCGGCAGAAGAAGGUGGGCAGUGAAAGCAGCAAGGAGGAAUUUGUGGAAUUUGCCAAAACCGAGGAUUCUGCUUCAGCUAAAAAGAGGCAGAGGCGUGUAGAGCUCCUCGAACGUUCAAAGAAAAUUUUAGAGGAAAGCCAGUCCAUGUGCAGCUGGGAGACAGACAGCACGAUGAGUGGGAGUAUCCCCCUGUCGGCUUUCUGGCCCUCGGCGCCUUCUGCAGAUGGUGCCGAGGAUGCAGCUUCUGCCCUGAGCAUGCAGACAAAUCAUUCAUCUCUGUCACGGACCAGGAGCAGCACGGGAGCAAUGCAGCCUCAGAUGCCGAGUGUACCCCUUCCCAACCUCCCGGUUGGUCCGGGUGACACCAUAUCCAUGGCAAGCAUUCAGAACUGGAUCGCUAACGUGGUCAGCGAAACCAUCGCUCAGAAGCAAAACGAGAUCAUGAUGCUGUCCCGUCCGUCGUCCGCGAUGGCCUCCCUGUCAGGAGACCUGGGCAGGCGAGGAGAUGAUGACAGGGUUUCUCUGCUCAGUGCUCAGAGCGGCUCAUCUGUGGCUGCCUCUCAGCUGCGCCAGCAGGAGCUGCGCCGGGCCGAGUCUCAGUCUGUCCUGUCCUGCAACACCUCCGUGAGCGCAAGGACAGAAGGGACUGCUUCAAACAUGAAGACAACACAAACGAGCAAGCCACUGUACAGCCUCUUUGCUGAUGAUGUUGACCUCAAGAAACUCAGGAGGAAGGAGAAGGAGAUGCAAAUGGAAAUGAGAGAAAAAAUGUCAGAUUAUCAAAUUGAAAAGGUGAUCAGAGACAAUAAACGCAGCACUUUAUUUAAGAAAAAGGUGACCAAAGGAGAGGAAAAUGAAAGGGAGAAUGGCAUAGAGAGUACAACAAACAGCCAUGGGCGUCCCUUGCAAGCAGAUUUUGACAGCACUGGUACAGUCUUCGAUCUGUCCGGUCAACCUGCAAACUCAGGUGCACCAGAGUCAGAAAUAGAGACUGAUAUUAGCAAGUGGCUCAAUGGCCUGAAAGCAGAGAGAGAACCACCAUCUUAUUAUGAACAAACUGAGAAAGCUAGAGAGAAAUAUAGCAGAUCAUCCAAAGUUAGACAGAUGGAUUCUGAGACAUCCAGUUACAGAUUCUGCAGGUCCCAAAGAGAAGAGGUAGACAGCUGUUCUUCCUACGAGUCGAAAGGAGAUUCACUGAGAACCACGUCAAGAUUUUCCUCUGCUUCUGCGAAAGAGGACAAAAAGAUGUACAAGUUCACAAGGUCGAGGGUCAGUGAGACAAGUUCCAGAGAAAACAGCCCAGAGCCGCAUGUUUUCAGCCGAUCUCCUGAGCCGCCCUUUGACUCUGAAUCCCCUGAACCGUCUACACAGAGCCGAGUCAGAUCCCAUCAUGUGGAGGCGUGUGAAGAGGAGGCCAGGUCAGACGUGUCAGAAUUUGGGGCAAAGAGAAAGUUCACCCAGAGCUUUUCAAAGUCCGAAGAGGAUGGAAAGAAGGAGGCAAAAGUGGAGCAAAGUGAAGAAAGGUUUGCAUCUAGACAGCGCUUUCAGUACAGGCGAAGCACACGUAAAGAGGAGGAAGAAGAGAUGGAUGAUGAUGCCAUUAUUGCUGCUUGGAGAAGCCGACUGGAAGAAACUACAGCAAAGCUCCAGCGGAGAAGGGAAGAGUGACCAAGAUCAGACUACAGGAGCACAAGCAGAGCCCGAGUCCCUGAAUCACUCACUCAUCAUUAUAUUUUUGAUAAUCCUUUGUGGUUUGUAGGGCAUUUCCUGCAGAUAGUUCUCUUCUUAAUCAAAAGCGAUGAAGGGAAGAGGUCAAGUUCUGCAAGUGUUUGUGGCUUGUCAGAAAGAAGAUGCUAGAAUUAAAUGAUCAAUGUAGGUAGGAACACAAUGUUAGAAGCCAUUAGGAGCCAGACAAUGUUUCAGCAGCAAAAGCAAGUAACGGUGGCACCUCAAGUCAAAAGACCAAUCACAUCCCGUUUUGGUUAUUUCAAUUUCCUAGUGUUGUUAAAAACUGGACAUAUUUUUUUUCUCGGAUCUUUUUGAUCAUAAGUGGAAGAAGCCAACAGCCUUUUCUCGGAACUUGAAGAAUGUUUCUCUCUUAAUCAGCUUUACUUUAUACCACUGAGAAGAUAUUACCAGGUAGGCUCCAUUUUCUGCACCAGCCUUAUGAAUGUCUACAGAAAUCAGACAGU